AUGACGGCAAAGACCGGCUGCAUGGUUGUCCUGGCCAGCCUGGCAUCCAUGGCCAUGCCGCUGCAACAGAUGGAAGGUCCAACUGGGCAACUCCUUCCUCGCCUGCAAGUCCAUGUCGGCCACUGUCCCGGGGCCAGUUUCUGCGUCGACAAGAUCUGCACCACAAACGUCGUCAACCUCGAUCCCCUUCAUUGCGGACCUGCUGGGCAGGCUUGCAAAGCAGGAGAGAUCUGCGUUGUCGGCUCUUGCCUGCCGCUAAACAUCAGCAGCCCAGCAACGGCAGCUGGCGGAGUCGAGGACUGCAGAACGGGACAAUGGAGAGACGGCAAGGGUGAUUGCCAACCGCUCCGAAUCGCCCUCGACGCGAGACGCUGCGGCCCGCAGGAGAGAGUGUGCGACCCAGGACAGCUCUGUGUCAACGACGUCUGCGUCACCAUCGACAUCGGGGCCGAUCCCAAGAGCUGCGGCGAGUCCGAAUUCGCCUGUGAGCCGGGAAACUGGUGUUUCAACGGCACCUGCACCCCCUUCGAGCUGGGAACGAAAUCGACCAAAUGCCGCUGCGACGAUGACUGCCCCCUCGGGUUUCCAUGCGGAGACGGCCUUUGCCGUCAGAUCAGCGUUACCACCGACCUAAACAGCUGUGGUCCGAACGGGACGAGAUGCCAACCAGGAGAGCUAUGUCUUUCGGGCGCAUGCCGGCCGGUCAACAUCACGGAGGAGGAUGCUCUGCACCGGGAUUCGGCCGCAUGUCGUGUUGGAGAAGCGAAGCUUCUGGACCGAUGCUCCCCCAUUUACAUCGGGCUGGACCCGUCCCGCUGUGGCGACCAUGCUGAGUGCGACGGUGCAGAGGUCUGCAUUUCUGGUGCAUGCGUCCGCGACGUUCACCAUCCAGGGACCAAUGUCGUACACUGCGGCCAUGAUGCCUGCUCCUGCGCCGUCGUCAAGAUCGUCACCGUCACCGUCGUCGGUGGCCAAGAUCCAGCCGACAAGAGCACCUCUGACGCCGGUAGUGCAGGAGCUGCUUCCUCCAGAGGCACUGAUGGAAAAACGGCAAAAAGUGCGCAGAAUACAGCUCUAGACACCGAGACAGCUAACCCAGACAAUGCGACACAAAAUACGUCCAAGACCGAGCGCCUGUACACGGAAGAAACCGACAUCAAGUCUGCCACUCCCAAGAGCGUCCGGCAAAACAACUCGGCUCAAAAUGACGGGACUGAUGCCAUUGAUACCGAUAGUCCAGUAUCAACCCGAAUGCUAUCCAGCAUGAUGGGAAAUGAAGCCACUAGGACUGAGAGAAACGGGACGACAACUUGGCUGACAACGGGCAACGGGAUCGGCGAGCCGCAAGGAACCGCAAGCAAAGACACGGAAGCUCCGUCAAGCGGUGACACUGAGAGCACGACAAAAUCUCCAGCACAGAGCGAGAUCACAUCUGAGGGUGGCGUUCCUCCAUUAAGUGAACAUCAGGGAACUGGCUCAACUUCGAAGAACACCGACGGCAGUGCGACGAAUGCCGGACGCGAAACGAGAGUCACGACGAAUGAAGAAAGUAGGCGCACAUCUGGAGGCGAACAGCACACAUUCAGUAGCCAUUGGUCGGCCACCAGCGGUGAGAGGUCCAUACGCACAAUGCACGUAAACGACCCAGAGACGACAGGCGCUACGGAUUUCUCGCAUUCGAACGACGGGAGCGAGAACACCUCGCAAAAUGCCGGCGAGAUCAGAAGUCAGAGCACCACUCUUAGCAAUCAGCACACCAGAACAGAAAUGUUUUCGAAUACCAUCGGCCAUUCAACUAGUGCUAGAGCCGCCGGGAGCAACGCGAGUGAUAUUGAAGGAACCACAUCUACUACCAUUGGAGCCGGCAAGAGUACCAGCAACAACGAAGCCAUUGCCACCACAGGCACUGGGAUGUCUAAUAGUACUACUACCAGCAUUCCAAGUACAAUUGGUGAUUCAGAACUACCCAAGUACUCUUCAAGAGCCUCCAGUGCAACUAAUGAGAACGGAGAGGUCAAAAGUACCCGUGAGGGAGCCCCAAGAACCUCUGGCAGGACAACUUUGCAGACGAAUUAUAGUGGCAAAACCAAUACCGAAGUCAACAAGACUACAAGUGAGAUCGACCAGACAUCUAGCACUAGAGAGAUAUUCACAUUGGAAACUCGCUCAACUAUAACUGAAGCGAAUGCGUCUAAAGAAAGCAAAACCGAAGCUCAAACCCGCACUGAAGGAAGCCUGACAAGUACUAAAAAUCCCGAAACAACCACAACGACAAUCAGCACGAGUACAAAAGUGACCCAGUUCACGUUGAUUGACGAAACAGGAUGGAUCAACAGGACUAGUGGCUCACCUACAACCCAGGAGGCUCGAGUGCCAACUUCAUCAACAGGAGAAUUUUCUACUUUCAAUAGUCUCAACUCCUGGAGUGGUGAUCAAGGGCCCACAAGCAUGACCGAGGAAUUGACACAAACUAGCGCAAAUCAAGAGAUGACUGGUGGUACGGAGACUGAUCAGUCUAUCAGCACCAGCAGUAUGUUCUUGACCACCAGAGAUGCCGGAGGAACUAUCACGAGGAACGAUGCUUCCUUAACUAGGGAGAUAGCUUUUGAGUCUACAUUUACGACAAACUUGCCCACUGCGGCAACGCAGGACGGUAGCACGAGUGGUGAUGGCAGAGUUAGGAGUACCACUACGGAAAAGCACGAGUCUACAAAAAGCGACGUUUCCAAGGAGGUCCAAAUCACCAAAAUCGGUUUUGUAGCCACUACCAGAGACGUUGGAGAAUCUACAACAUCUACUGGCGUCUCUACAAUCGAGACGGCCGAUAUCAUUUUGAGUACCACUGAGGAAGUCGGGGGUCCUGCAAAUAGGAGCAGCAGCUACAGAGCUGGAGAGACAGGGGCCUCAACCACUAUCAAUAAUGCUCCAAUCACUGCAAAUCAAACGACAUGGCAGAAAGGUUCUACUAACACUUCUGCUACAAAUUUCUUGACAAGUACUAUAACUGGGGAUACCACAACUGAGCACGAUGAACCGACGAGUGUUACUCUGAAUGACGGACGGUCUACGAGUGUUGUGGAUUUUACCUUUGUGACUGGAGAAACUGUUGAAACCACUACCUUCAGCAUUGAAACGGCUCUUACUGCUAGCGAAACGGGAGAACCGUCAACCUCCUCCGUGACCUCAACUACCACAGACACCACGGAGAAUACUAGUGGUAGCGAACAAAGCUCAACAACGAGGAGAAACCAACAGCAUAAUUCUUUCGGUGAGGCUCCAAGUGACGCCCCCGGGACCAUGACUGAAAACAAUUUUACGUCCAGCUCUACUGUUGAAGAGACUGGAGUAUCAACUAGCAGUAGCGGCGCGAUAACUACUGAAACAACUGGGAUGACGACCAUAAAAUAUCCUACUACCACUGCUACUGGGGAAACUGACGGAAAAACUAGCAGUAGCGGUACUAUCGCCAGCGACACAGCUAGGAAUACGAGCGGAAACAAUACUAACAUCUCUGCUGUUAGUGAAACUGGAGGAAUGACUAGCAAUGGUGAUGAAACAGCUACUGAUACAACUGCGAGUACAACCAGAAACGAUACUACCAUCUCUACUGUUCGGGACAUUGAAGGAAUACCCAGUACAACAGCUACUGAUACAACUGGGACUGUGGCCGAAAGCAAGAAAACCGCAGGAACAACUAUCCGUAGCAAUCCAAACCCUACUGGUACAACUGGGAUCACAACUGGAAGCAGUUCUAUUAUCUCUACCGUUUUGGAAACUGAAGGAACAACUAGUAGCAGCGGUACAAAACUUACUGAUAGCACUGGAAGUGCAACCGGAAUGGGUACUACCAGUUCUACUCGUGGGGAAACCGAUAGAGUAGCUAGUAGCAGUGGCGCUGAAGGUACUGGCACACCUUUGAGCACAACCGGAAACACUACCAUCUCUACUGUUCGGACAACUGAAGGAAUAACCAGAAAAAGCGGUGUGGCAGGUACUGAGACAACCAGGACUGCGGCCGGGAACGAUGCUACCAUCUCCAGUAUUAUGGAAACCGAAGGAACAAUUAGUAGUAGCGGUACGAUUGCUGCUGAACUAACCGGGACUGUGACUGGAAACAAUACUACCAGUUCUGCUGUUAGGGAAACUGGGGGAACAACUAGCAGUGGUGGCACCACAGUUACGUAUGAGACCCCGGAGUCGGCGAUGACAAGCAGAAAUCCAACCAGCGCGCCUGCAACGAGUGGAACACCGCCCGUUGGAGACUCAACUACUGGAACUGUUUUGACCAGAGAGGCGACUAUUGGAACCAUUCCAACUGAAGACUCAAUCACAGCGACUACAUCAACUACAAGACUUUUUACCGGAGAUGGCGAUACAAUAGACACAUCUAUGAGAACGUUGGCUACUAGAGAUGCAUCCACUCUGGACCUAACUACUGGAACCUCAGCCACUGAAACCACAACCACAGAAACGUCAUCUACCGAAGUCUUGACUACUGCAUUGUAUUCCACCAGAGACUCAACUGCGGAAGGCUCAACCACUGGCCAUUUGACAUCUGGGGUAUCCACCAAUGAAUCAUUGACUACUCAAACCUCAACCAAUUUGGGAAUCUCAACGAUCACGAGGUCAUUUACCGGUCACAAAGAGAUAUUACUAAGUACUAUGGAAUCCUCAACUGAUGGACUAUCAGAUGGGAGCAUUUCAAGCAGGAGUGAUCGAGCAGCAAGUACUGGUCUAUUUGAUGAGGUCACAACUACUACUGAAGCCCUGGCGCAAACAAGUGGUACCAAGAGCAGUAUCGGAACUACAACUUUUGUGGAAGGAGGGGAGUUUAAAACAAGUACUGGGAAUUCAGCCGAAACCAGUGGCACACAAGGUGAUGUAAGCACAACUACUGGGGAUUCCGAGGAGAUUACAACAACUCCGAGCAAAAUCUCAAUCAUUGAAAGCUCAAACAGUGAUACCGGUCAGGAGACUACAACUGCCAUGCAGUCGCAGGAAAACACAAUUUCUACCGGGUUCUCAACAACUCAGACCAAAAGCGAGACCAACAGUGAAGGUGGAAUAACUCCCAAAGACCCUACCAUGACUAGUAGAACUUUCGUCGCAUCUAGUGAAACAAUCAGUACUAGAAACUGGUUUUCCAGCAGCUCGGGCAGGUCUACAACUACAACUGUGGAGUUGGUCAGCUCUAAUAGUGAUGAAACCACAACGGCGAGAAAGUCCGAAAUCGGUACGAUUUCUGCAAACUCAUCAACCACUCAGACAGCAAGCGACGCGAGUAUUGAGGGAGAAGCAUACACCAAGAGUAGUACGACGUCCAAUAAACCCUCAGCUGAUGAUAAUGGCACAUCUAGUGGUACAGCAACAACUGCGAACGAGUCCGAAUAUGCCACGUCUUCUACUGGCGAGUCAAAAACCGAAUCAACAAACAGCGCUCGCAGUGAAUCAACCAGGACAGCCACGGAGUCAGAAAAGGCCACGCGAAUUACGGAAAUCAUGGCAACCACAACUCAAACUAGUAGCACAACUAGUGAAGGAAGUACAGGCCAUAGUGUGUCCACUGAGCCUAUGGUGGCUAUUCCAGAUUCAACUACAACUACUGAAACCUCAAGUGAGACUAAUAUUGAGCAUUCAUCAAGUACUAUACGGUCUGAAGAACUCUUCAAGACUACUAGAAGCUUCGACAAAAAUGGUACUACAAGUGAAAGAGCUACGACUGACAUAGGGCCAGUAGAGGGUACAAUCACUGCUGGAACAUCAGCCUCAAGCGACUCAACCAUUGAAAUCUCAAGUGGUACUAUUAGUGAAAGCACACAAAUUACAGGUGCCUCCACGAGUACUGCUAGAAGCUCAGUCAAGGUUUCUAGUACAAGUAGUGAGAGUUUUACAACUGAUGAAGAUUCUAGAGAGACUCCAUUCACUUCUGCAGCUUCUACCACAGUCAUGAUCAGCGACACCAGAAGACACACUACAGAAACCAUCAAUGACUCAGCAGAACAUAGUAUUGGCGAUCGCAGUCACGUACAAACAGGUACUGGGGGUUCUGGGGAGAAUACAAUCGUCUCCACUUUGAUACUUGGCACCUCCAAUGCAGGGAUUGGAACAAUUGUCGGCACAGCAACGGUUACAGGGACCAAACCAACAGCUUCAAUUAUUGGCAAAGAGACCUCCAAAAAUGAUGAUGAAGAAAUUACGAGGACAGAAGUUCUGACGACUGAGAUUUUAAGUGGCAAUUGCAAGGAAACUACAUCUAUUACCCCAACUACCGUGACUCCAAGUGGCUCUACUGAAGAGUCUACCUCAGGAGACACAUCAGGAACCAAUACCUCAGGCAGUACUGGUGAACAAGGCAAAACCUCAAGAGCCACGACUACAACAGCCUCCGCGGUUGAAACCUGGAGCGAAAUGGAUACCACGAGCUCGGGAAUCUCGAAAGCUAGUACAUCAGCCAGUACCAUUACUGGAGAUGAAGUUUCAAGAACUCCGACCGCCGAAUCCAUGUCAACGACAGAGGCUGUGAGCGGCACAGACGUGAAAGCUACAACUAAAUCCUCAACCCAGACAUCACGAGGCUCCAACAAAGACUCAAAAACAUCAGCAAUUACAAACUCAAGAGCCACAGAGACCGGGGGUUCCUCAAGAACUGGGACGCAGGAUAACACCAUCAAUGAGGCCACACAAUCGGGAACCAUAUUAUCGUCUAAAACUGAGGGUGCAAGCGGAAAUAGUGAUAAUCGUGCAACUUUCACGCCCCUGGAAACGGAGAUUUCAAGUAAGACUAGCGAAGUAGAUACAGUCACCGGAGCUUCAUCACCGACUCAGAGUUCAAGAGGGACCAGUGAAACCAUGACUACAACUGCAAAUAGCGGAGCCUCAUCAAUGAUUGCUAACUCAGGUAGCACUACAAAAGCGGUCACAACCUCAGGAACUACAGGGACCGAGACUUCAUCAACCACCUACAACAUACCUGGCACUAGCAACAAUGCAGCAUACUGGACCUCAACUACUGAGCCCCUAAGCGAUAUUAGUAUUGGAACUCCAGGCUCCGUGAUUUCAUUAACAGAGAUUUCAAGCGCCGAUGAAGGCACGGCCAUUUCUUUAACUACAGCGGCCUUUUCAACAACUGAAACCCCAAGCAGUGCUAGUCUAGAUAACACAGCCGCAGCUAUUACCACUGGGACAACGUCAAUAACUGAAACGUUAAACGCAAAUACUGAAGGCACAUUCAGACACUCAACGACCGAAACCCCAAGAGACACCAUUCUUAAUAUCACAACCUCCAUGACCUCGACGACUGAGAUAUUAAGCGGCACUUCUAGCGAUUCCAAAGAAUUUCUUUCAACCACUGAGUUGGCGUACGGUACAAGCACUGGGUUUGCAUCAACAGUAUCUGUGACAGAGACACCCAUUAGCAACAACGACAUCACAACACCCAGGACCUCAAGAAGCAAUAGCAAUGAAGUGCCUAUGAAUACGUCGUAUGGGUCUUUAAGUGAUACAACUGAAACAGUCACAGCAACUGGAGUCCCAUCAACGGCUCAGACCUCAAGCAGCAUCAAUAUGAAAUCUGACGCUACGUUUUCCAUGACAGAAGUCUCAAGCGGCACUAACCUUGAGGUAACCAUUGAAACUGCAAUGUCGGAGGCAUCAAGUGAUAUCAGCGAAGGGAUCAAAACGUCUGGACCCUCAACAACGAGCGGCCCCGGUAAAGAAACCACAGCCACUGAAGAGUUUUCAACAGCUUGGGUCCCUAGCAGCACUAGCGAUGAAGCUGUACCCUCAGUCUCAACAAAACAAUCGGCAAGUGGUACCUAUUCGGGGGUGGUAUCAACAAUGGAAACCCCAACUGAAAGCGGUGGCGAAGCGAACACCACCAAAACCUCAAUGAUUAAGACCUCUGGCAACCAUAGUGACGAAGCCACAUCUACUAGAGUUACAUCAGCCACCUCCAGUGCAGAAUCGAUCUCUGUGUCCAUGCCGACUCCAACCAGCAGCCGUGAAGAGGACCCAUCAGGAGCCGUGGGGUCUCCAACUCUAAGCAGCGCUAGUGAAGUGGGAACGUCUGGGUCUUCAUCAACGCUGGGGGCCCCAAGCAACACGAAUGACUCCGUCACCCUUACUAGAGUUACAUCAGGUACUGAGAUUCCAAAGAGUUCCAGUACAGAAUCGUUUUCUGUAUCCAUAAAGACACCAAGCCACAGCAGUGACGAGGCUACAGUAGGAGUCUUAACGUCUCAGACUUCAAGCAGCGCUAGCAAGGUGGUGACAGACUACAGGCCUUCAUCAAGGUCGGGGGCGCCGAGCAGCACAAGUGACGAAGUCACUCCUACCAGAACCACAACAGCUAAUGAGCCUCCAAAGAGCUCUAGUGAAAAAUCGAGCUCCGUAUCCAUACGGACCCCAAAAAACAGCAGUGACGAGGCUACAGCAGGAGCAUCCACGUCUCAGACUCUAAGCAGCGAUAGUGCAAUGGUAACAAACUCCUGGCCGGCAUCAACGCUGGGAGCUCUGAGCGGCACAAGUGACGAAGUCACUCCUACCAGAACUACAACAGCUAAUGAGCCUCCAAAGAGCUCCAGUGAAAAAUCAAGCUCUGCAUCCAUACGGACCCCAAACAACAGCAGUGACGAGGCUACAGCAGGAGCCUCCACGUCUCAGACUCUAAGCAGCGCUAAUGCAGUGGUAACAAACCCCUCACCGGCAUCAACGCUGGGAGCUCUGAGCAGCACCAGGGAGCAAGACACAUUCGCAAUCCCCACGACCCAGAUCCUAAGUAGCAAUAGUGGAAUGACUACAUCAAGAAUUUCAUCGACUCAGAUACGAAGCAGUACUACCGAAGAAUUUUCAGCCUCUACAACAUCCUCUUCUGACACAACAAUCAGUAUCAGCAUUGAAGCUACAUCAACAUUGUUGACGUUGAAGUCUUCAGGGAACAUUACUGAAGCGAAUACAUCAAGAGAAUUACCGAACCCCGAGACGACGAGAAGCGCUAGUGAAGAUGAUUUUUCAAGAACCGUAACAACUAGGGCACUAAGCAUUACCAGCGAUAUGUCGGAAUCAGCUACUUCAACGGCUCAGAUCUCAAAGGUCACAAUCAAAGCAACCACAGCGACCGAAUACUCGUCAAUGUUUGGAUCUGACACUAUGAGCAACGACGCUACGCAAGAAUUCUCAUCCAAGGCUAUAACUCUGAGAAGCUCCAGUGACGAAGCUAUCAACGCAUCGUCCACGAGUCAGAGUCCAGGCAGCUAUAUCAAAACAUUCACAACCACUGAGGCGUCUUUGUUUUCCGAGACUCCGAGAAGUAGCAGCAAUGAAGCCACAUCGAGAGGCUCACUGAAAGCUCCAACGAGCAGCACGAAUGACGAAGCUAUAUCUGGGACUCUAACCCUGAGUGGCACAACAGAGGCGGCAACGUCAGGAGGUUCAACAACUGAAUCAAGCGGCACUGAUAAUGACAAAAGCUCUGAAGCCUCAUAUACCACACAAUCUCUCGGGGAUUCCAGUGAAGUUGCUACCUCAGAAAGUCCCAGUACAAUGUCUUCAACUGGAGCUAGCACCGAUGCCACUGCAGAUGUCACAUCUACGAUCCAGAACUCCAGUGACACCAGAAAUGAGGCCGCAUCAGAAAGAUCUACCACAAAAUCAUCAACCAAUCAUGCUACCAACAUCAAGUGGUACCAGAAACGACGUUUCAACAAGAAGCUCUAUGACAAUAUCAUCAACUGUGCUACUAAUGCAAUACAGACAUCAAGUGGUACUAGCAACGACGCUACAACUAGAAGUUCUAUAACAAUAUCAUCAACUGGUGCUGAUGCCAGCACAAUGAACGGAUCAUCAAACAUCAAGUGGUACCAGCAACGACGCCACAACCAGAAGCUCUAUGACAAUAUCAUCAACUGUGCUACUAAUUCAAUACAGACAUCAAGGGGUACCAGCAACAACGCUACAACCAAAAGCUCUAUGACAAAAUCAUCAACUGGCACUAAUACCAGUACCAAGGACGGAUUUCCAAGUAACCCUGCUACCAAUACUGAAGCUACUAGUGCUUUAAGUAUGAUGCAAACUUCAAGGGGAGCCAGCAACGACGCUACAACGGGAAGCUCUACAACAAAAUCAUCAACCGGUACUGAUACCAACACCAAGAACGGAUUUCCAAGUAACACUGCUACCAAUACCGAAGAUACUAGUACCUCAAGUACAAUGCAAUCAUCAAGUGGUAUUAGCAACGACGCUACAACCAAAAGCUCUAUGACAAAAUCAUCAACCGGCACGGAGACCAGCACAAUGAACGGAUCAUCAAGUAUUAUUGCUACCAAUGACGGAUCUUCAAGUGCUACCAAUGCAAUACAGACAUCAGGGGGUACCAGUAACGACGCUACAACGGGAAGCUCUAUAACAAAAUUAUCAACUGGUACUGAUACCAGCACUAAGAACGGAUUUCCAAGUAACAUUGCUACCAAUACCGUAGCUAAUGGUACCUCAAGUAUGAUGCAAACAUCAAGAGGAGCCAGCAACGACGCUACAACAGGAAGCUCUAUGACAAAAUCAUCUACUGGUGCUGAUAUCAACACCACGAACGAAUCGCCAAGAAACACUGUUACCAAUAACGAAGCCACUAGUGCCUCAAUUAUGAUGCCGACAUCAAGGGAAACCAGCGAAGAGACUAUAUCGGGUGCGUCAAGAAUAGCAUCAAGUAGCACAAACACUGGUGAGGACGCUAUCACAGGGUUCACUUCAACAGCUGAGGCCCCAAGUGGUACUGCAAUAGGAGAUGUGACGACAAAAAAACAACACGGCUCCAGCAAUGGGUACAUAACCUCCAGAGACAUGGAAACAACAGUCUCGAGUGACACUGGUGAAGAACCUUCAUCAGGUACUCAAAAAACAGAAUCAACAAGGGAUACCAGCACACCCUCCAUGACGCUUGGAUCCUCAUCAGCACCCCAGAUUUCAAGCCACACAAAUGCGGAAACUACAGCUUCAGAGGUCUUACCAAUGACAGAAUCCUUAAGGAGCACGGCUUCUUCAGCAGCCUCACAAAUGGUCGAUGCACCAAGCAGUGCUGACGGAGCUACAUCGGAAGCCUCGUCAACAACUAAAACCGUAAAUACUGCAGCUGAGGGAACUGAAUCAGAGACCGAAACGAGGGAAACACCAAGUGGAAGAAGCCAAGUGAGCACAACCUUGGGGGUCUCAUCGGGAAUACAGACCUCAAGAGAAUCCAGUGAAGUAACUACGACAACCCGUGGCAACAGCGACAAAACUACAUCGAGCAGCAAAAUCGAGACCGCCGGAGCUUCCACCCCUACAGAAAACUGCUACCCAAGUUGUGUCAACAGCAGUGUCUGUGUUGGAGGAAUCUGCCGGCUACCGUGCAACGCAGCAGUCGACUGCAUUGACGGCGCCAUUUGCAUUGACAAUUUUUGCACCUCCAACAAGACCUGCACAUCGGAUGGGGAGUGUGGAGACGGUGGCUCGAGACGUGUCUGGUUCCAGAUGGGCAAUGCGGUGCCGAUCAAACUUGCAGGAAUGGAACCUGUCUUCCUACAGUCCUGCCCGCUUGUAUCAACGACACCACAUGUGGCAGCGAACAAAUCUGCAGGUUGGGUUACUGCAUACCCAAGGGGCUUGUCGUCUGCCAAAACGACAGUCAAUGCGGAAACGGGGAGGGGUGCGUUGCCGGCAUCUGUCUCCCCGAAGCACUCCCUCCUUGCGCAGACGACGCCAACUGCGGUGAGGCAGAUGUCUGUGCUGGCAGUGUUUGUCUUCCCGGCAAUCUCACAGCUUGCGGUGGUGCGACCGACCCGAUCUGCGGCGAAGGCCAGACUUGUGUCGGAGGACGAUGUCUACCAGCGAAUCUGCCGGCGUGCGAAGACGAUCAUGGAUGCAGCACAGGAAAGGUCUGCAGACUGGACUUAUGCCUCCCCUCCAAACCCAUUCUCUGUACCACGAACGGGACGGAAUGUGUCGUUGCCGAGCUCGUCUGCUCGGGAGGUCUUUGCUUACCCUCGAUUUACCCCCCCUGCAUCAUCAGCAGAGAUUGCGAUGCCACCUACGCCUGUCGAUCGGGAACUUGCCUCCCUGAAACGUUGCCGGUAUGCGGAAUCGACGAGGACUGCGUUGGCGGCCGCCAGUGCGUCGGUAGUGUCUGUCUCCCCCCUAUGCUUCCUGUGUGUGCGGCAGACGGCGACUGCGGCACGAGCCAAGUGUGUCGGCAGGACAGGUGCAUUCCCUCUGAGCUCACAAGUUGCAACGCCACGGGAGAUUGUGGUUCUCACCAGCGGUGCUCGGCCGGUCUGUGCAUCCCCGAGUUGCUACCACCGUGUUUGA